GACAGCGUUCCUCAUUCUGAGGGCAGCGUUCCUCACUCUGAGGACAGCGUUCCUCACUCUGAUGACAGCGUUCCACAUACUGAGGACAGCGUUGCUCACACUGAGGACAGCGUUCCUCACUCUGAGGACAACUUUCCUCACUUUGAGGACAGCGUUCCUCACUCUGAGGACAGCGUUCCUCACUCUGAGGACAGCGUUCCUCACUCUGAGGACAGCGUUCCUCACUCUGAGGACAGCGUUCCUCACUGUGAGGACAGCGUUCCUAACUCUGAGUAAAGCGUUCCUCACUCUGAGGACAGCGUUCUCACUCUGAGUAAAGCGUUCUUCACUCUGCGGAGAUCGUUCCUCACUCUGAGGACGGCGUUCCUCACUCUGAGGAAGCGUUCCUCACGCUGAGGACAGCGUUCCUCACUCUGAGGACAACGUUCCUCACUCUGAGGACAGCGUUCCUCACUCUGAGGACAGUGUUCCUCACUCUCAGGACAGCGUUCCUCUCUCUGAGGACAGCGUUCCUCUCUCUGAGUAAAGCUUUCCUUACUCUGAGGACAGCGUUCCUCACUCUGAGGACAGCGUUCCUCACUCUGAGGACAGCGUUCCUCACUCUGAGGACAGCGUUCCUCACUUUGAGGACAGCGUUCUUCACACUGAGGACAGCGUUCCUCACUCUGAGGACAGCGCUCCUCACACUGAGAACAGCGUUCGUCACUCUGAGGACAGCGUUCCUCACUCUGAGGACAGCGUUCCUCACUCUGAGGAAAGCGUUCCUCACUCUGAGGACAGCGUUCCUCACUGUGAGGACAGCGUUCCACACUCCGAGGACAACGUUCCUCACUCUGAGGACAGCGUUCCUCACUCUGAGGACAGCGUUCCUCACUCUGAGGACAGCGUUCCUUACUCUGAGGACAGCGUUCCUCACUCUGAGGACAGCGUUCCUCACUCUGAGGACAGCGUUCCUCACUCUGAGGACAGCGUUCCUCACUCUGAGGACAGCGUUGCUCACUCCGAAGACAGCGUUCCUCACUCUGAGGACAGCGUUCCUCACUGUGAGGACAGCGUUCCUCACACUGAGGACAGCGUUCCUCACACUGACGACAGCGUUCCUCACUCUGAAGAAAGCGUUCCUCACUCUGAGGAAAGCGUUCCUCACUCUGAGGACAGCGUUCCUCACUCUGAGGACAGCGUUCCUCACUCUGAGGACAGCGUUCCUCACUCUGAGGACAGCGUUCCUCACUCUGAGGACAGCGUGCCUCACUCUGAGGACAGCGUGCCUCACUCUGGGAUCUCUUAA